GUUACCCCAUUAGGUUUUCUAUUUCCGCCACUUUUACCAUUAAGUAACGGUGAAUUUAGAUUAUCUACAUCUAAUUACUGUAUAAAAAUGUAUGUCUGCCAUCAUGUUUUCACACACUGCACAGCUGUAACAUCUUCGAUGGGAUCCAGUUCUCCUCAUGUUCACCAACCACUGCUUCAGUCUGUUAUCACCACCUAAGGGAAAUCUGUUAGGGGAAAAAGUCUGCUUAAUUGAUUCUUUAUUUUUUUAAAGAAAUAAAAAGGCAAUGAAAACUAUCAAGAACAACAUCUGUAAAGGAGGGGAAGGAGGGGAAAACAUACAUUAAAAAUAGCACUUAGAUCCACAAAGUGAAUGUAAUAUUAUAGUAUUAUAUAAUAUCUAUGUCGUCAAACAGGCUAAUUUUUAUCUGUAGUUAACUAUCAACUGAUCAACAAGCCAUGGCAAUGAUAAACCGAAACUGAUUAAAACAAGACAACAAACUCUAAAAUUGGAAAAUGCAUUCAUUAGUCCACAACAAAAAAUGACAAAACAGUAAUUAGAAGACAACUGAAUCUAAAUAUGGAUGAGAGCCAAGUUUAGUGUUGAAUAAGCCUCCUGGCUGCUUCUUCAAAAUAACCUGUCCCUUAACUAUGACUCCGUAUUUCUAUUUAAUUGUAGAAUAUUAUCCAGAUAUUAGACACUUGAUUGUAUUGCAGAUUUUGAUGCUUUCAGGUUGGCUUCACUUUUCAGGGCCAGUUCCUGAGUGUAUCUUUCUUAUACAGUCUAUGCUCAAUAUGUCCACAUUUUAAAAUACAAGCUAUAGCAGGGGUGUCAAACUCAUUUUAGUUCAAGGGCCACUUUGAACUUCAGUGGGCCGGACCACUUAAAUUACGGCAUAUUAACCCAUGAAACUCCAAAUUUUUCCUUUGUUUUUGUGCAAAGAAGUAUGUUCUUCAAAUGUUCGCAUUUAAUAAACAAAACAUUAUGAACAACCUGAACUUUGUUCAGAAAAAUUAAUUCAGUUUCAGCAAUAGUAUGCCUCAGUUUAUCAUUUAUACAUUCUAAUUUAUAGAUCAGUGUUUACAAAGGCACAGAACAUUUUGUCAUGAUCAAAACAACAGUCGGACAGGAAAAGACAAAAAACAUUAAAAAAAAAAACAAGACAAAAUAUAACAAAAAUGGGACACAAAAUGUAAACAAGAACAAAACAACAAAAAAUUAGACAACACGAAGCAAAACAGAAAAGAGACAAAAAUUGGGCAAAAAAGUUACAAAGCGCCAAAAAAUGGACAAAUGACAAAAACGAGACAAAAAAAUUACACAAAAUGAUACACAAAACAAUGAAUAAAGCGAAACACAAAAUGAGAAAAAUAAGACAAAAAAUACAAGUGUGACAAAAAGGAAAUAAAAUGACAAAAGCAAGAAACAAAACGACAAAAACAUGAGACAAACUAUAGAAGUCAGACAAAAAAACCCACAAAAUAAUACAAAAAUGAGACACAAAGCGACAAAAGAACAACGAGCAAUAUAAUAUUUCACUUUAUGAUCAAAACAACUUGUCUAGAAAUUAUUUUAAAUUUAUAGUCCGCAGCUAAUGUCUUCUCUGUAAUUUUUACUCUUUACAAAAUCGUCCCACAGCCACAUGUUUGACACCCCUGAGCUAUAGAGUUAAAUAGAAUUUGGAUGUAUUUUUUGCCUGCAUUGAUCAUAAUAUUGACACUUUUAUAUUAAAUGAGACUGGUGUUAUUACUCAACAUUUACUGACGGUUUUCAAGCCCUGCCGCCUCAUAGGAUUGAUUCCUUAAGAAAUUGUAGAUACAUGAAUGCAACAGAGGAGGACUUUUCUCUUGUUAUAAACAUUGUAUGCGUGCUGCAUUUAAAACACUAAUCCAAACAUGACUCAAGACCUAAAAGUUACCAUAUUAUCUGUAAUAUGUGACAUAUGUGUGAACUGACAGUGGAAAACAAGGCUACUGCACACAAAAUUUCCCCUAAAAGGUUAAAUUAUGUAAAAAAGAUCAGGGUAAGCUCUUGAACAUUUGCCUUUUCCGCCUUGUUGUCAGCAAAAACAAACACCGACACCGCCCCUCCCCUUCAUAGUAGGCUAGGAAUUGCUCGUUUUGAACACCGGCGUCUGCUCAUUUUCCAACCUGGAAAAUGGUGUCCUAUAAAACCGAAACUUGUCACGAAACAUUAAGCUAUAACCAUAGUUGGUUAGUAUUUGUUUACAGACAUUGAAUGACAAUCGAAAUGGUUUUGAUUUAAUCGCUGAAAUCCAGGAUACAGUUUAGUACCCGCCCCGUUAAGGUAAAACCGGUUUACUCCAGUAUUUGAAACAAACGCACGACGCAGCGCAGGGCUCUUCAGUGUGGAGCGGCAGGAAGUGCCAGUUCAUUACUGUGAGCGAGCGAUGGAGGGGGGAGGAACGGUGUCGUGGAUGAAAUAUGGGUCUUUUGUGUCCUUACUUGUGGUUCUGUUGGCGCUCUGGUUCCGGUCACCCCAGAAUGCAGAACUGGACGACCGGCUGGACACCGUCCUGUCCUCGCUGCUCCGGGCGGAGCGGAAAGUCGGGAUGAAUAACGUCGCCAGACCGAAAGUGGCCGUUGGUUUUGGAGGUUGUGUUGACCUGAUCGUAGACGGUGUGUCGUUGCUGAAUAAGAUAGGCCUCCUUCCCACAGAGAAGCCCCUGCAUCAUGACUACUUAGAAAAUGCUGAGCAGCUGUCACAGAGCUUUGCCUACUUCUUUGCACCGGGAGCUGCUGCAGAGCGUUUUAUGCUAAAUGACACCUUCUUCAGUGAGCUGGUCGAGGGGGCCCGCGACUUACCUGGAAACAGAUGGUCAGUAGGCGGCAACGCUCCAGUAAUGGCUGGUCGCAUGGCAACCGAGGGAUGUGAUGUGUUGCUGGGGGGAAGUUUCAGCCCUGAUUUUACUGAUGUCCUGUCCCAGCACAUUACAGUGGCAGGUCAUGUAGUAGAAGAGCCAGACAUUCAUCUGAUCCUGGAGUAUCCGUCUGGUGCAAGCUGGGGCCACUAUACCUCACGUAGAGCCAACAGAUAUAUUAUCCACAGUGAUGACCAUAACCCCUACCUGUCCUCCAUGGAGGAGUUUGCUGCAAAGCUGGAUAACUUUAGACCAGAUCUACUGGUGGUGGGUGGGCUGCAAAUGAUGGACAACUUCCCUUUUCAGUCAGGUGAGCGAGACGCUCUCCUCUCACGCCUGGCAGACCUGUUGUCCUCCUCAUCUCCUCAGAUUGGCGUUCAUUUUGAGAUGGCCAGUUUUGUAGAAGAGAGUAUAAUGGAAGACCUUCUUCACUAUGUCAUUCCACACGCUGACUCAUUAGGGAUGAAUGAACAGGAACUUCCCAACCUGCUCAGUCUACUCAAAGGCUCCAACAUCACAGUGUUGUCAGACCCAAACCCUCGUGUAGCCACCGUCCUCGACCAGAUGAGGGAGGUCUAUCGCAUUUUGAACCAGCGCUCCAAGGAGGGCAGUGAAGAACGUGACACGGACAGUGCUAAGAGUAAGCCGCUGACCCGACUCCACGUCCACACACUGGCCUUUCAGGCCAUGAUUGUAACUCGUGGCUCCCAGUGGAAGAAUACAAUGUCAGCCACUGCCAAAGCCUCACUCACAGCAAACCGCCACGUCUGUGGUUCAAAUGACAUUGAUCCCACUAAGGCGAGGCUCAUCAUGGACGACUCUUUCUCUGUUAGCCGGCGGGAGGGAAGCCAGCGUAUCCCUCUGCAGGAGACCAGGCCUGUCAGCUGCUGGGACGAAGAUGACUAUGAGAUCUGUGUGGCACCAGUUCUGGUGUGCACUGAUGUUUACCAAACAGCAGGUGGAGGAGACAACAUCUCAGCUGCUGGUCUGGUGCUGCAGAUCUAGUGCAGGACAUUCAGUGGUAUAUGUGUGUGUAGUGCUAACUAGAUGUUGGCAAACAUUGUGACUCUGGAAACUUGAUCUCAGUGUGAUGCACACUAGCAUCAGGUACCAACGCAGGUAUCAGGCUAAUGCUAUCACCUUUGCAGCUAUUGGCCCAGGUGGACAACAAGGAAAAUGGAUCUCAUGAGAGUCACAUGAUGGAGUGCAGUGGUUUUUAAUCAGGUCAGGAUACCACAUUUUGAACAUGCAUAAACUCAGUGUAUAUUUUUUAAGAAGAUAAAUGAAAAACCAGUAACUUCUAAAGCGGCUGUUUUGCUAGUUGACCCAAGUCUGUGCUAAAUAGAUUGUCUGCAGUCGAUUCUAGUUAGGUGUGUUUGUGUUUACAUUGGGUGGGGACACGGUCACUGAUUUAAUCCCUCUUGCUUUCACAUUUUGCACAUUUAGUAUUUAGUAUUCACGCUGUCAAAGCCCCUUUGUAUCCAGUUCAUUUCAUUUUUAGAGCCAAAACAUACAGCAAACACCAUCCUGCUGUGUCCCAGUUAGACUCAACAGCACCAACAAAUCACUGUAGUCCAUCAUCUGACUCUAUGGGUUUUCAUGGCGGCUUUUCUCUAUUUCUCCAAGGCCUUACAAGGCUUGACCUUUACUCAGGAUGAGAUAAGGAGGGAUGAGGUCUGGGUAAAGUCAAAGACCCUAGGUUGUUUUUAUAGCGCUACAUUGGGUAGUCUGUGUCAUGGCGUGCUUUAAAAUAAGUUCUCUUUGUAUUAGUUAAACCUGGGACUCUGCUAUGCAGCAAGUGUAUACAAAAGAUUCAGAAACAGCUGGAUCUUCUGUUUCUUGGCAGCACAUUCAUUAGGUGUUGUCACCUACUUGAAAUCUGCAUUUCCAAGCCUUUGACCUCUCUUGCCUUUGAGCAGACCAACCUUAUGCUGAAAAUGUGCCACAUCUGAACCAUUGUAAUGAAAGACUGUCCUGCCUCUUUCCUUUCCUAUCUCAUUCUUUAAGUCUAGGAAACAUUUACAGUAGAGAGCUCCUGUUCUUCCCAGUGUAUGUGAAAAGUGUGCGUAGUGGUUUGGGUGUGUUUGUGUUUGGAUUGUCGUUCCUCUGUGGUUCAGUUGCAGUGCAAUUAUGCAAAAUUUAUGUUAAAGAGACCACUGGUGGUAGCUGGAUAUGAUGUCAAACUUUUCCUCUCUACCUCUGUUUCUCUCUUUGUUUUCCUUCUCUUUUUCCAUCACCCAUCUCUCUUCUCUGUCCUUCAUCAUAAUUCCAUCUGUCAUAUUUCUUCUUCUCCUUGUCUUGUCUCAGUUUAUGGCUCUUUUAAGGACCAAAUAACGAGUGUGGACUGCCCAGACAGCAUAGCUCCAGAGAGAAUGAUUCUCACAUUCUCAUAUGAUGUGGCUAAAUUCAGUGGAACAAAACAAUGUCAUCUUUAUUAUUUUAGCAGGACAUUGUAAUAUUUACUUGAAGCCAUGAUAUGUUAGUUGCCAUGACAGCCAUUAGUCUGUGGAGCAGUGGACCACUCUCAAAUGACAUUUUCCAUGUUUACUUUGUCUCACUUGAUGUCUGGCUACAAGAAUGAUCUAACAUGGUGUGUUGGUGCCUGAUGCCCUCUCACUUUUCACACCCACACUUAUGUUGUUUCCAUUUUUUAAAAAUUGAUGACAUUGAGGUGAUCUAUAGGAUUAAGUGGGGCCUUGUCUCUACAUGACCAUCAUCACACCUUUUACGGUUGAGAUCACUUACAUUCAGCACUAUUUACUAAUGCAACUGGACUAACUGGGAAUGAUAUCAACUCAUCUUCUUUUUCACUAUGUACAAGUCAAACAUUCCAUCACAGACCAGGUUAAGUUAUUGUCUCCUUUCAGAAUUACAUGUUUCAACAUGUGUUUGAGUGGACUACUUUCCUUAGUUUUCUAAAAAAAAAAAAAAAAAAAAAAGAGCAAAGCCCACUUUCAAUAAGGAAUAUUUUCAAUUUGUUACAAAGUAUGAGGUUCAGUAAGAAAAAGAUGAAUGUAAAGGAGGAAGAAAUCCCUUUAAAUCUUUUCUCUGUAUCAGGACUGUACUGAUUUGAUGCUGUUUGGCGAAAGUCAAAGGUAAAUGAGCCUUAUUCAGUUUUUACUUUGUGUUUAGCGAAAAAAGAUUGUUUAAUACAGACUUUUUCUAUCACUAGAAUUAUGUUGUUUUUUUCUGAUGCCAUUGUGGUGAACAGUGAUCAGGAGCCAGGAGUAACGGGUUAUGUUUUUACUGUGAACUGAAAUCAUAGCAUGCCUUCAUGCUCAUAAAGAACUGUUUGUGUUUGCCACCACUGUGCUUAUCUACUCUCUAGAUAAGUCAUAUCACCCAUGUCCCAACGUUGUGUUUAACUGUUUUCACGCAUGUUGACUAUUCGAUGCAGAAUCACCUGAGAUAAAAUGCUAUGCUGAUUACGCAA